CCUAGCUUUUUUUUUUUAUAAUCAAUUCAAAUUCCGCCCUUCUUCUUCUUCAUCUUGUCUGUGUGGGAGAUAUCAUGGCGUGGUCGUCUGAAACGCCGUCGUAUUGCGGGUGGAACGAGCUGAAUGUGAAGAACGCGAAAGGGAAGACGGAGGUUCAUUAUUACCUAGAGAGGAGAGACGGGUGUGCGGAUCUGGCUGUUGUUGGGAGGCUGAGGAGAGCUUCUAAACGCAUGUCCUUUAGAUACGCGUUGAAAAGGAACCGCUCUGUUUUGAAGAAGCUUAGCUCUUUGGAAGACGUCAAGGGUUGGCUCGAUACCAUUGUUUCCGGUGAAAUACCUCAUGUAGCAGAUGUACCAGCUACUACUAUGACUGAACAAGCUGCUGGGGGAUUCAAUAUUGCCACUUUUAUGAAUGGUAAGCCUCAGGAGCUUAUUCAUCCGACCAUAAACUUCUCGUGGAUGGGUUCUUCCUGGACUUGCAGGAAACGUCGUAAGCAUUAUCCAUCUUUCUCCCGGAAUGGUGUCAGAGUCUCGGUGAAUGAUUUUGUGUAUGUUCUAGCGGAGCAACACAAGAGACUCAUUGCAUAUUUGGAAGACCUUUACGAGGACUCCAAAGGCAACAAGAUGGUCGUGGUACGGUGGUUUCACAAAGCUGAUGAAGUUGGUAUUGUUUUGGCCGACGAUGCUAACGACAGAGAGAUUUUCUUUUCUCAUUGUCUUCAAGACAUCAAAAUCGAGUGCAUAGAUGGAUUGGCUUCUGUCCUCAGCCCUCAGCAUUACGAGGAACUUCUCAAGGUGCCGAUGCAAUUUCAGCGAGCACCUUUCUUCUGCCAGAAGUUAUACGGAGAUGAUGGCAUAGAGCCUUAUGACAUUACACAGUUACAAGGUUACUGGAGACAAGAAGUGCUUAGAUACUUGAAUGUUUCCAUUCUAAAGUCAGGUGAAGGUGUCCAGCCACUUGGCACUGACCCAGUAGCAGGAGCUUCUCUGGUUGACUUGGAGACUUCUGAUACUUCUAUGUGUAAAGGUGCAGAAGAUGGUUCGUCCCAUCUCAUUAAAAAGGGUUCACUUGUUGAAGUUCUUUCCCAAGAUAGUGGCAUCAGAGGUUGUUGGUUGAUUGCAUUGGUAGUAAAGAAGCACAAGGAUAAGGUUAAGGUCCAGUACCAAGACAUUAUGGAUGCAGAUGAUGACUCAAAGAAGCUAGAGGAGUGGAUUUUGGCGUCUCGGGUUGCUGCUAGUGAUCAUCUGGGUCUUAGAAUCCCAGGACGGAAAGUAGUGCGUCCGAAUCUGAGGCCGAGCAAUGAAAGCGAUGUGUGGGCUGUCGAUGUUGGUAUGCCUGUGGACGUGCGGUGGUGUGAUGGAUGGUGGGAAGGCAUCGUGGUGGAGAAACUUUCAGAAGAGAAAGUUGAAGUUUACCUACCAGGGGAAGAGAAAAUAUCUACCUUCCAUCGUAGUGAUCUCAGACAAUCUUUGGAAUGGUCGGCAGAUGAGUGGGUUCAGAUGAAACCAAGAUCUGAUGUCGUUAGUUCCGUCCUAUCCUCGAUGAUGAAGAAUGAGGUCGAGGUGAAACCUGAGGAGAAGCUAUGUGAAGUUGGUGUUGAUGAUUUCGUUAUGUCACUAAAGGAUGAAGCUAAACUAACCGUAUCUCUUCCAGUAGCUACUAAGAAACCAGUUCCAGAUCUUCUAAAACACGUCUUGGUUUCUGACUUGAAGUGGACAGCGUCGAACAAGCGGAAAAGAACCAGUUCCUUGGGAGAUUCUCUGUUUAGCUCGUCAGUUGUUGGCCCAAGGAAGCGCAAUCGCAUUGUCAGUUGCUGGCCGCAUGAUCCUAGCUUAACUGAUGGUUUCUCAUGUGAAAAAUCAUUGGGUUGUGAGAACGGCAAGUUCAUGGGAGAUUCUGUAUUUGGCUCUUCGGUUGGGCAGCAUUUGGCUGGCCUGUUGAUGUCAAGAUGAUGAUCAGCUUGGGGAUUGGAGAGUGUCUUGUCUUGUGAGGUACAUAUUACCUAAUGUGCAUCUGCUUGAUGAAAAUUUUGGGUUUUAGAUUAUUGUGACACAAGAUCGCGGUUGGGGAAGUAUAGGUUAAGCUCAUCAUGGCAUCGAAAUUUGUCUUGUGUACGUAUGUGUAACAGUAGACAUAGAGCGCUUCAAUACAGGCAGCAAGUUUUUGGAUGCAGUAGAGAGUAGGUAAUAAUAGCACAUUACCUCACUAGGGUUUUAGACACUAAACAGUGUAUUUUUAGAAUUGAUCUUUCUUUUCAUGUAACAUAUGUAUCAUCAAAUAAAACAUCUUUUUUUUAAAACCUU